ACUGGCGCGAGAUCAAAACUGUAAGAGCUGUGCAUCAUGCUAAUGAAGGGACAUUGGACAGUCUUCUAAAAAAGUAUGCCAAAGUAUUCAGAGAAGAUCUAGGGACAUUCAAUGGGUAUACAGCUACCUUAAACCUGAAACCGGAAACCCAACCUAGAUUUUUUCAAGCACGAGUGAUACCGUAUGCCAUCAGACCCAAGGUGGAGGAAGAAAUUGAUCGCCUGCUGAAACAAGGAAUCAUUUCACCUGUGCGAUUCAGUGAAUGGGCAACACCGAUUGUGCCUGUAAUCAAAAAGGGUGGCAAUAUUAGGAUCUGUGGUGACUUCAAAAUAACUGUGAACCCAGCUCUGUGUGCAGAACAUUAUCCAUUACCCCGAAUAGAAGAUCUAUUUGCUUCACUGACUGGGGGACAAAGAUUUAGCAAACUAGACCUUUCACAUGCUUACCUGCAGAUUCCUGUGCAUGAAGAUUCACGUAAAUAUCUUACCGUCACGACUCACAAAGGGAUGUUUGUAUACAACAGGUUACCCUUCGGCAUUACUUCAGCUCCAUCGAUAUUUCAAUGAGUCAUGGAACAAGUGUUACAAGGGCUGCCAUUCGUACAUUUUUUUUUAGACGAUAUCCUAGUCACAGGAAAAGACAAUGCUCAUCAUUUGUCUAACCUGGAGGCUGUGUUGAGUCGGCUGGAGAAAUUCGGACUUCGGGUUAAAAGAGAGAAGAGUGAGUUUUUCAAAACUUCACUGGAGUAUUUAGGACAUGUGAUCGAUGCAUCAGGGCUUCACAAGUCCCCAGACAAACUGCGUGCCAUCGCCGAAGCACCAGCCCCUGUUAAUGUUAACCAACUCCGAUCCUUCCUGGGUCUGGUUAAUUAUUAUGCAAGAUUUGUGCCAAAUCUUGCCACAGUUCUUCACCCCCUGAAUGCAAUGCUACACAAAGAUGCAAAAUGGAAGUGGUCUCUAGAGUGUGAGAAAGCUUUUCAAGAUGCUAAAAUGCAGCUGUUAACACCCAAUGUACUCAAACACUAUAAUCCAAGACUCCCAGUUCGCUUGGCUUGUGAUGCUUCACCCUACGGGGUGGGAGCUGUGCUUUCGCACAUGUUGCCGGAUGGGCAUGAGAGACCUAUAGCCUUCGCUUCCCGAACCCUGAGUAAAUCUGAGCAAAAUUAUGCGCAACUAGAAUGGGAGGCACUAGGGAUAAUUUUUGGAGUAAGGAAGUUUCAUACUUAUCUAUAUGGACGUCACUUCACAUUAAUAGCAGACCAUCGUCCUCUUACCACCAUACUCCAUCCUAACAAAGCAACUCCAUCCAUGGCUGCUGCCAGACUUCAGAGGUGGGCUCUUCUGCUGGCUGCACACAACUACACAAUUCAAUACAGAAGUGCUAAUGACCAUGGAAACGCUGAUGGGCUAUCGCGUUUGCCACUGCCUGUACAGCACAGAGACAGGAGAGAUGCAGUGGACGCUCACCUCAUAAAAAAAAAUGGAUGCACUUCCAGUGUGUAGCAGCGAUAUCAGGAAAGAAACCAAACCAGAUCCAAUCCUCUGUCGUGUGAAGGAGAUGGUAGCCACUGGAUCAUUUCCAUCUACCAAAGACUCAGAAAAUGUACUAAAACCAUAUCUCACAAGGAAGGAGGAACUCUCACUGAUGCAGGACUGUCUGAUGUGGGGACAGCGAGUUAUUUUUCCAUCGAAUCUGAGACAACGAGUUUUGGAAGAUUUACACACAGGACAUCCAGGUGUAGUAAAAAUGAAGGCUUCAGCACGUAGCUACAUCUGGUGGCCAAAUAUUGACUCAAAAAUUGAAGAAAAAUCAAAGACCUGCAUGUCAUGUCAACAAAAUCAAAAAUCUCCAUGUCUCUCACCUUUGCAUCCCUGGGCAUGGCCAGAAGCUCCUUGGCAGCGGAUUCAUGUCGAUUUCGCUGGACCAUUUGAAGGACAAAUGUUUCUGGUAAUUGUUGACACACACUCAAAAUGGCCAGAAGUUCAUGUGAUGGAUUCGACAACUUCCUCCAAGACGAUUCAAGUUCUGCGUGGUCUAUUCAGUCGUUACGGUAUACCUGAAACCCUAGUUAGCGACAAUGGCCCACAAUUUACUUCGGAGGAGUUUGGAUGUUUUCUAAAAACAAAUGGUGUUAAACAUGUACGCUCUACACCAUUCCACCCAGCCACUAACGGUCGGGCCGAGCUUUUUAUACAGACUUUUAAACAUUCACUGAAAGCAUCCAAAGAACCAGUACCAUUACAGCAGAGAUUAGACUCUUUCUUGCUACAGUACAGGAAUACCCCACAUAGCACAACAAAAGAAACACCUGCUAUGUUAUUCUUACAUCACAGAUUGAGCACACGGCUGGAUCUACUGAAACCAAGUGUGAAAAGGACCGUGGAGCAGUCACACAAAAAGUUCCCUCCAUGCAAAACACAGAGACUUCCACGUGGGUGAUUCGGUGCCGGUCAGAGAUUAUCGACGGGGAGAGGAGAAGUGGAAAACCGGUACUGUUUCAGGACCAAUGUCCUACUUCAGGUGGACAGUUCACAAAGCUGGAAAAGACAUGCAGAUCAAAUGUUGGACUGUCAUCCAGAAAUUACAAAAAACACAGAAACACUACCAGCAGAGAACAGUACAUCACAAACACCCGAUGAUAAGGGACAAGAACUGUCUUUAACAUCUAAUGACACCGAACCAAAUGCUCUAGACCAGCAUGUAACCAAGCUUGUUGAACCAGCUAUUGUUUCUUCCCCAAAUGUGAGAAGAUUUCCUGUUAGAAUCUGUAAACCACCUAACAGACUUGAUCUGUAAAGUGUUUGAAUGUUUUAUGCACAGUUGAAUGUGUUUAGUGUUUCAUACUUUUGGAGUGAGUAGUUAAGUUGACAUAAGUGUGAUAUUGCUUAAGGGUGGAACACUAACUGUUUUUCCAUAACUUGAAUUAAUGUUUUUAUGUUAAAAAGAAAAAAAAAAAAAAAAAAACAU